AUGGCUUCCACCUUCUGCACAAAGCUGAAAAGCUACCAGUCCUGGUCCUCCGAAGCCAUCUGCCAGUUGUUAGCCAAGACCCAGGCUUCAACUUUCCCUGAAGCCAUGAAGAGUGGCAUUCUGGAUACCAUCCAGAACUUGAGCACGAGCCAAGGAUCUCACUUGAAGCUCGUGAACUCCGGCCAGAGUGUGCCCAAUUUGGCGCCAUACUUGACCCACUCAGAUUGGACAGCCUUGACCACUUACGUCACCCAGACGGACCAGUUGCAGGUUUUGGCCAAGCGGCUGAAAGGCAUGGGAGUCCAAAGCCUGAAGGAAGGCACCAAGGCACAAGGCUGUGGCCGCAGGCCAUGCCUCAGCCCAGACUCCAUCAUCUCUGCCGUCGCCGACUUUGCAGCGGUUUUCCAAGCUUUGCCAGCGACAAGUUGCCCGGGAGCAGCGACCUACCCGGCCAACCCCAACGAGAUGGGAGAAGUCUGGCUGGGAAAAGCUUACCCCACGGACAAGCCACUGGGCCAGGAGCCCUGCAUGGCGCCAUGGCUGAAGAAGGUACCAUUGCGGAACACCCAUGCGUCCUUGGCGGCCAACAAGGGCACCAGGUUCAGAGGCAAGCGACCACCUGCAACGCCACAAGCGGCCAUCACGUUUGAAGAAGAGCUGGAGCAGCUGAAGCUCAAGCACGGUCACCAGCCCAAGUCACCGGCACCACUGCCACUGCAGUCUUUCGGGGCUCCCACCAAGACGGUCGCAGCUGCAACCGCGAACCAGGUCUUGCCGUGGCUGCCACCAGCCCCUUCCCAGCCAACUGCAGCUGCCAAGGCCGAAGACACCAAGCCACCCACAGAGACUGCUGGCAAGGAGACUGCGGCCACAGACCCCACAAAGAACGACCAGUCUCCCAAGCAGGAGAAGAAAACUUUGGAGCAGUUCGAAAAGGAGGCCUUCGCCAAGCUCCAAAGCAAGAAGAACGAGACCAAGAAGCAGGCCAAGGAGACGAAGCAGUCCAAGGGCAUGAAGCGGCCAGCUGCGGCACCGGCCAUGCGGCAGCCACCGAAAGAGGCCAAGAAGGCCAAGCCCGCCGAGACUUUCGGUUGCAUUCGUUGCAGAGGCAACACCAAAGGGUGUUCCACGUGCAUCGAUCCCAACUUUGCAGGCUUGCGACUGCCAGGUCGCCAGGCAUGGAAAGACUACAUCCAAGCCAAGAAGGCAGUGCAGGGUAGCAAGAAGCCAUGCAAGGCCACGGGCUGCAGGAGAAAAAGAAGCAAGCUGCAGCAGCUUCUUACUUUCAAAGCCGCUUUGCCAGCUCACUCCCAGAGUGCACUGGCUGCUUUUGUCGACGCCGCCAAGGAGCAAGGCCUCCCAGAGAAGAGCUCUUCCAAUGACCAGCGGAAAGCCAGGGACGAGCUUCUACAGAGCUGCCAUGGUGGGCCACUGGGUCCUUUGAUCCAAGAAGCAGAGGUCACCACCGAUGAUGGUGCCAAAGUCACCAUGUAUUUUGCCAACCUUUUGGUCUACUUGGCCAGCCUUUUCCAGAUGGGUGGAAGCUUCCAUGAUCUGGUCCAAAGGAAGCACCGAGCCAACCCAUCAUCGGUCUCCAAGCCAUGGCAACUUAUUAUUUAUUCGGACGAGGUGAUUCCUGGAAACGUGUUAGGACCAGCCCAACGAAAGUUGUGGGCGAUCUAUGCCAGUUUCCAAGAGAUGGACCAGUUCCUCCACCACGAAGACCUCUGGCUCACCAUCUCCCUGGAAAGGUCCAGCUUCGUCAGCCAGGUCCAAGGCGGCGUUGGCCAGAUCAUGUCCAAGAUCUUGGAAGCCAUCUUCGCCAAUGCCCACGUGGAACCACAGGCAGGGUUUUUAUUGAAAAGUCCAUGUGGCCCAGGUUCCGAUGUUCGACUGCAUUUUCGGUGGGCCAUCUGUCUUGCAGACGGUGCUGCCCACAAGCAGAUUUGGUCCAGCAAGGGGGACGCAGGCACAAAAUUCUGCAUCCUUUGUGCCAACAUCCACUCAGGACAACCCACCACUGGCGACGACGAGGACACCAUGGACCAUCGCACCACCAAGUACAGCCAGUUGGUCUUGACCACUGACGAAGACGUCGUCCAGUCCUUCCACAGAUUAAACGAAAGGCGAGCCACGUGCAGGACCAAAGCUGAAUUCUCGCAGUGGCAACAAGCCACCGGCUGGACCUGGAAUGCCCAUGCCUUGCUCCUCAACCAGACUUUGUUGGCCAAGAACCAGGUGAAGCCAGUCAGCCAAUUCUGCCAUGACUGGAUGCACGGCAUUCUGCAAGGAACGGCCCCGGUCGUGCUGUUCCACACCUUCCAUGCCAUCUCUGAGCACUACAACAUUUGGGAGGCCAUGGGCCCAUACAUGGCCAUGUGGAACUUUCCAGGUGCUACCAAAGCCGGUCACUUGGCCGGUUUGUUUGACGCCAGCAAGGUCGCCAAGUACAAGAGCAGCCACAAGUUCAGUUGCCAGGCUUCCGACCUGCUAGGCAUUUAUCCAGUCGUUCGCCAUUUUUUGCAUUCUGUACUUGUGCCAAGCGGAACCUGCCCAAAGCCCUGCCAAGCUUUCCUCAGCCAGGCCUGCUUGUUAGACCAGGUUCACCAAGGGGUCAUGUAUGGGGCCACCACCAGGGCCAGCCUUCUGGAGGCUGCGGAAGAGUCCAUCCAGAGCUUCCAGCAGGCCAACUUCGACGUGGGAUUGAUGAGGAAGUGGCAUUGGCUCUUGCAUCUUCCAGAUUUUCUCCACCGGCAUGGCUGCCUGCUCUCCACUUUUACCAGCGAACGGAAACAUAAAACAAUUUCGGCUUUCGCCACCAGGCUCCAGAAGACCACUGCCUUCGAGAUCCACUUGAUGAAGCAAGUGCUCGCCAUGGAGAUCACCACGUUGACAGAGCCCGGGCGGUUUCCAGACUCCUGCCAGUUGGUGAAGCCAAAGAAGCCCAACAAGCAGCAGCUGCAAUUCCUCAACCAGUUUGUGGAUUGCUCCGCGAGCGAAGCCAAGGUUGCUUCCGUCGCGAGGCUCGCAAGGGGUGGUGCCAUCCAUGCCCAGGACGUCGUGGUUUUCCGCCAGGACAACGGAAGAUGGGACCUGGGCCAGGUGCUUUUCCAUUUGGAGCUCGGAGACGACAAAGCCACACUCGUCCAACGUUGGAGGCCAACAGAGACACAGAAGACAAAGCAGUUCGCCAAGUGCUCCAUCACCAACGAGCAAGGCUUCGUGACCAUGGACUCCAUCCUGUACCCACUGGUGUACAGCAAGACCUCGGAGAGCGAGGCCACUGUGCUGCUACAAUACCAGCUGUACCACAGGCAUGGGGCGGCUGUCCGGGACGAGGAGCUGUCCGACUUGCUUGAGUCCGACAUCGCUGGCCACUCAACCACCUACGACUCCAGCAGACAGCCUUCUGCCUGCUCAAACGCGACGUCUGCCACGCCAGGUUUGCCGACGAUUCUGACAACAGCCGUGGACAAGCUGCCAUCCGACAAGCAAUGCCCUCCUGAUCACAGCUCUGCAGCAGGGCCAAGCACUGACAGCGAGAACAGAAGCAAUGAGCCAGACAUGCCUGACACAGACAAAGGGCCCAAAGGGCCACAAGGGCCACUACAAGAUCAGCUAUUGAAGAAGCUUGAGAUUGAUGUCGUUGAGCCGGUCGAGAAGCGAGAAGCUUUGGCCGAACCGGAGCCAGCUCCCAGCCCCGAGUGCCGCAGCGCGCUUUCCACGCAGACUGUGGGAGUUCCGCCUGUCGACGUCGUUCAUCCCACCAGUCCGAGCACUCCGGGCAGCCCCAGCUUUGCUCUGUCCCCAUUGACCCCAUGUGGGGGGGGCAUUGGCUCCGGCAUGGAGGCCGAAGCAAGAGGUGUGAGCGAGGCCGUAUUCGUCUCAACGUCAGCGGAGGUACAGGUGGUGACCGAUCCACACCUGUGGCAAGCGGUCACAGAGGGCGACCUGUGCAAGCUGCAAGAACUGGUGGCAACAGGCUUGCUUCACAGCGGCCGCGUGGCUGACGUGAACCGACACAGCAUAUUUUGGAAUGCCCUGGCAUUUCAACAAAUCAAGGUGGCCUUGUUUCUGCUGCACCAUUUCCCACCAGGAUCUGCGAAUGGUGUGGAUAUCACAGAGGUCCAUCCAAGACGGCAAGACACACUGCUGCACUUGUGUUUGUACAUUCACGAGUUUUCCGCUGCCGCAGCUGAGCUCUUCCAGCGGCUUUACCUGGGCAUUGGCACAGUGUGGAACAAGGCUGCCCUGCAGGCCUACAGGAGCAGGCCUUCUUCCACCGCUGACACAUUCCUACACUGCGCGGCAGCAAGACUGAACUUCUGGGUUCUGCGCUACACACUGUCGUCGGCAGAUGCUGUCUACUUGUUGCAGCACAAGAACGGCAAUGGCCACACUGCAUUUCAGGUAGCUCACUGA